UUUAAUUGGCUGAGACAGCGCAGUUUAAAUUUGAACCGUUUCAAACAGCGACAGGGUAAAUGUUAUAAACGUACAGGAAUUUCUCUGUGUGUCACGUUGUCUUUCUCUGAGAAGAAAACGGUUUAUGUGUUAGAUUUGAGCAUCCUGAAUAAGGUAGACUGUAGAAGAGAGAAGCUGUCAGAAGUGCCUGUCAUUACAAAGCUGACAAUCUUCUUGUCAGUCCUACAUAGUUGAGCAGAAUCCAGGGAAGGACAGAUGAGGCCAAAAAUUGUAUGAGUUCUGAGGCGCUGAAGGAGAAUCAGGGAGCUGUACGGAUGAACAGCACUUCUAAAGCCGCUUGUGACAUUUUCGGGUUGGAACAGCCUACUGGCAGGCCCUCGAUCCUGCGGCAGUCACAGGCUGACAACAUCAGCAGGACUGCGCAAAGGGGAGCAAAGGUUUGUUUUCAAACUCCACGGCGAGACCCAGUCACAAAGAAGAUCAUGUCCCCGAGCCGUGCUAGUAGGCCGUCCAGCCAAGAGGACAGCAGUAAAGCACUGGAAACUCUCACGGCUUCUAAUGACCAGAGUUCACUGUUGAAUAACCCUUCCACCACACCAAUUGACAUUCAGAGUAACAGUGUUGUCUACCCUGAUGAUGAUAUGCUGGUUCAGAGCAUAGGUGCCUAUACCCUCGAUCUUGACAAUCUAGAUGCCAUCAACCCUUUUCUGGGGUCCAGUAAAAUGCAGAAUUCUCCUCCUAAAUCUUCUGCCUUAAUUGAGUCUUGGACAUCAGAGCUUGUGGAGUCAGAUACAACUGCAGCCCCAAUUUCUGCACCUCAGCCUGAGGUUCCAGAGGUGACCGACACUGCACUUGAUGAGACUCUUCCCUUUGUCCCAUCAGUGGAGAAUUCCCUUGCAGAAUGUUCUGCCAACAUAUCUUCAGCAGAGGGCACGGUCAUCAUCAAGACUGACAACAUUGAAAACAGUGCCACAGAUGUGGAGGAGCCUGAUAUAACUGAACCAGCACCAGUGUCGCAACAGAUUCCUGUUUUGGUAGAUCAGCCUGAGGCACAGGACUCGGCACGAUCCCCUGUGGGAUCCUACAACUUGGAUUUUGACAAUCUUGGCUCACUCAACCCAUUCCAAACUGGUGGCUCAAAGAUCCCAAACUCUCCUCUAACUGGCAAGGCAUCAGUAGUUUCUGAUCCACACCUGCCCAGCCAAGAAGCUAAACAGGAACCAGAGUUCUCAGUCCACACUCCAGAUGUCCCAACAUCUUCAGAUGCCUCCAUUCCACCUCAGGAGAACACCACUGCCACAGAGGGCUCCUCAUCUACAGCGCCCCCUAAAGAGAAUCAGAUGCUACUAGAGUUUAAUUUUGAUGAUGGCACCGAAGUCAAGCGCAAACCUCCUCCGAAACGUCUUGGGGUCAAAAGACCUGCAGGUGCUAAACCUGUGACCAAAAAACCAGUUGCACCAGCCACAGAAAAGAAAGAACCAGAACCCAAGCAGUUGUCCCCUAAGAAUCCAGAGGAGACAGAACCUGUGGAUGUUUCUCCUCCUAAAGGUUCUUACACCUUUGAUUUUGACAAGUUUGAUGACCCGAACUUUAACCCCUUUGGCACAAAGGCUACGAUGGGUAACUCUCCACCACGUGGUGUCCAGACUAGCCCGGUUUUGAUGAAAGCAACAGUUCCAGUUCAGGAGCCUGGGGCUUUUGCACAGGAUGACCAGCCGGAAGCCCCUGCACUAGAUGACCAACCAGAGCACAGUUCUCCCCCAGCAGUUUCUGAAACCAAUGAAAACAUUGCAGAAACUGAUCUUCCUGUCACCAAGAGGCCUGCAGAAGAUGUAGAGUCAACAUCUUCAGAUGCCUCCAUACCACCUCAGGAGAACUCCACUGCCACAGAGGGCUCCUCAUCUACAGCGCCCCCUAAAGAGAACCAGAUGCUUCUAGAGUUUAAUUUUGACGAUGGCACCGAAGUCAAGCGCAAACCUCCUCCGAAACGUCUUGGGGUCAAAAGACCUGCAGGUGCAAAACCUGUGACCAAAAAAACAGUUGCGCCAGCCACAGAAAAGAAAGAACCAGAAGCCAAGCAGUUGUCCCCUAAGAAUCCAGAGGAGACGGAACCUGUGGAUGUUUCUCCUCCUAAAGGUUCUUACACCUUUGAUUUUGACAAGUUUCAUGACCCAAACUUUAACCCCUUUGGCUCAAAGGCUACGAUGGGUAACUCUCCACCACGUGGUGUCCAGACUAGCCCGGUUUUAAUGAAAGCACCGGCUCCUGUUCAGGUGCCUGAGGCUUUUGCACAAGAUGACCAACCGGAGCACAGUUCUCCCCCAGCAGUUUCUGAAACCAAUGAAAACAUUGCAGAAACUGAUCUUCCUGUCACCAAGAGGCCUGCAGAAGAUGUAGAGUCAUUCACUGAGUCCAGCACUAACAUACCCCAGAAUCCAGCGUUACUGGUGCCAGACCUCAUGGCAACAGUGCCUCCUCAUGUGCAAGCUUUUGUCAUUGUGACCAAUAUCAUUCUCUUUCUCUCAGUCAUGCCAGGGGAAGAUUUUGAUGGCCAAUUUGAUUAUCUGGAACAGUUUGGAUCAAGCACUUUUAAGGAGUCGGCCUUGCGGAAGCAGUCACUGUAUUUGAAGUUUGACCCACUGUUUAAGGAGAGUCCAAAGAAAAAUGGAAUGGACAGUGGCAACUCUGGAUUCAGCAUGCCACGGCCUUCUCUUGCCAUUAGGAUGAUGGAGGCUGCGAAGUCUGAAGUAAAGCAGAAGUCACACAGUGACCGUAUGAAGCUGCUGGAUGAUCUGCCUCCACCAGCAGUGGAAACUACAGAUCCAACUGUUCUGGACCUGGAUCCUAAGGUGUCGGCCUUGCGGAAGCAGUCACUGUAUUUGAAGUUUGACCCACUGUUUAAGGAGAGUCCAAAGAAAAAUGGAAUGGACAGUGGCAACUCUGGAUUCAGCAUGCCACGGCCUUCUCUUGCCAUUAGGAUGAUGGAGGCUGCGAAGUCUGAAGUAAAGCAGAAGUCACACAGUGACCGUAUGAAGCUGCUGGAUGAUCUGCCUCCACCAGCAGUGGAAACUGUGGUGCCAGAUCCAACUGUUCUGGACCUGCUGGUUCCCACAUUAAAACAGCCAGUGAAGACUGAGGACUCCAUCAUAGAGGUUCUGAAGUACAGCCAGAGAGACAUGGAUGCUGCAUUACAGAAAGCAGAGAGACGGGCAGAGGAACGGCAACAAGAGCUUGCGACUCAGAUUGAGAAGCUGCAACUGGAGAAUCAGCAUAUGCUGUUUAUAGUGUCAGAAUUUGAGGCCACCAUCACUCAAAUCACCGAUGAGCAUAAACAGAAGGAAGAUUUGGCCAAAAUUGAGUUAGAGCGAGUCCUCCAGGAAAAAGACCAGCUGUCCAAAGAUUUGAAUGAGUUGGAGAGAUCCUUCUCCUCCGUUGUCAAACGCCUUGACAGAUGCAAGGAAGUCAUUGAGGGAUUCAAAAAGAAUGAGGAAACUCUGAAGCAGUAUGCGCAGAACUGCAUGGACAGACUGCAGAAAGAGGAAAAACGUUAUCAAGCUUUGAAGGCCCAUGCUGAGGAGAAACUAGAUCAUGCGAACAAGGCCAUAAAUGAGGUUCGUACUAAACAGGGUGCAGAAGUGGCAGCACUGCAGGUGCAGCUCAAAAGAGAACAGCUGAAAGUUCAGUCCCUAGAAAAGGAUCUGGAACAAAAGGCUAAAGAAGUCAAAGAUGUCACAGAACUGUGUGAUGAGCUGCUACAUAAAGUGCAAAAGCAUGGGUAUUAGUGUAUUUUCUGGUCUUUGUGUUCAUUAUUUGUGUUUGUUCGUUAUUUGUAUUUGUUCUCACAAAUUUGAAUAAAUAAAAUGUUUGUUUAA